CGCCUAUAAACACAGGCCCCCCGGCCCAAGGAUUCCUCGUCUUACACAGCAUCUCAUCCAGCACCAGCAACCAGCAGUGCUUCUCUACAAAACUUGAACUCGAAUCCAGCUGAACAAUUUCUUGGGGCUUCGAGAGAGAGAUCGAGCAGGAUGGGCAUCGUGGACGUGGUGUCGGAGUACUGCUCGCUGCCGCGGAGUCGGCGGCACAUGAAGAGGCGGAAGCAGUUCCAGACGGUGGAGAUGAAGGUCCGGAUCGACUGCGAGGGCUGCGAGCGCAAGGUCAAGAAGGCCCUCGACGACAUGAAAGGCGUGAGCUCGGUGGAGGUGAUCCCGAAGCAGAACAAGGUGACGGUGACGGGGUACGUGGACCCGGCCAAGGUGAUGCGGCGGGUGGCGUACAAGACCGGCAAGCGGGUGGAGCCGUGGCCCUACGUGCCGUACGACGUGGUGGCGCACCCCUACGCGCCGGGCGCCUACGACAAGCGCGCCCCCGCCGGCUACGUCCGCAACGUCAUGAGCGACCCCUCCGCCGCGCCGCUCGCCCGGGCCUCCUCCACCGAGGCCAGGUACACCGCCGCAUUCAGCGACGAGAACCCCAACGCAUGCUCCGUCAUGUAGUAGUAGUAAUGUUUGUUUGUAAGAGAGACUCCGGCCGGCCGGACGGGUAGCCGGCGGCGACCUUCUCUAGCUUCCCCGCUCUGCUCUGCUCAUCCAUGGCGGCGUUGUGUUGGGAUCUCUAGAUGGUCGCUAUUGGUGUUCUCUUGUACUUUUGAAACUAGGCUAGAAGAUGAAGAUGGGUCUGUAUUCUUGCUUCGGUUUGGUUUAUGUAAGAUAUGUUGGAUUUGGUGAGGAGGAAGCUCCAUCAAUCUUGUUGUUUAUGUGCAAUGUUCCCAAUCAGAUGAGCGUUGCAUGAUUGAUUUGGUGAAUGAAAGAGACUCUGUACUGGUUAA